AUGGUCCACCCAUCCUAUGCACGGUCUCCCCAAGUGCCCGGGUGCCCCCAAGGAGACCCUCCACAGGCUAGAGGCCCCUCAGCCUUGGUGUUCUCAUCUCAGGCCAGCAGGAAGACCAAGAAGAAGGAAGCGGGGGCCCUGUGAGCCCAGAGAGCAUCAUCCAACGUCUUCUCCAACUUCGAGCAGACCCAGCUCCAGGAGUUCAAAGAGGUGUUCACACGCAGGGACCAGAACCGAGAUGGCUUCAUUGAAGACCUGAAGGACACCUAUGCCUCCCUGGGCAAAACCAACGUCAAGGACCAGGAGCUGGAUGCCACGCUCAAGGAGGCCUCAGGGCCCGUCAACUUCGCCAUGUUCCUGAAGGUGUUUGGGGAGGAGCUGAGCGGCCUCCUGUGGGCGGGCACGGAUGCCGAGGAGACCAUCCUCAACGCACUCAAGAUGCUGGACCCCGACGGCAGAGGCAGCGUCAACAAGGACGCCCUCGGGCGGCGGCUCACAUCCCGGGCCCACAGGAUGACGGCUCAGGAGGUCGACCCGAUGUUCCAGUUCUCCACCGUCGACACGGCAGGCAACCCGGACUGCGAGGCACUGAGCUACGUGCUCACCCACGGGGGCGAGAAGGAGCCAAGGGCACCCCCACCCCACUGGGCUGUGGCCAGUUCAAUAAACGUGAACCCGCAACCUGCCUGCGAGUGUCUCUGCCGCAGGGGUGGGAGUGUCCACGGGGUGGGGAAGGUCUGGGACGGGAGUGUCCCCCUGGGGGUAGGAGGGUGUUCACGGGGUGAGCGCAUCCGCCUGGGGCCCACCCUCUGCCUCCAGCCCAGCCCGGCCGCACCUGCUCUCCCCACCUGUGCUGGCACCAGGCGGGGGGGCCGGCCACGCAGUGGGCAGCAGAGGCCGAGCCUGGCUCUGGGAUGGGCUCCUUUAGGGAAAGCCUUCCCCACACCUGUCCCCUCCAGACUCAGCCAUGGUGGGCCCUCAGAAUCCCCAAGCUACCCAGUCCCCCUCGCCCCGUGCCCCCCACGCCGGGCCGGCCUCCCCGUGUGCAGCCCCUGCACCAGCCACCUGGUCUGGCAUGGCCGCAGGGCAUCCCGCCUCGUCAGUGGCCUCUCGUCUACACAGCAGCCGCUCUUCUUGCUGCAGCCACAGGGGGUCCGUCCCCUGGGCCAGCCCGCCGUGCCCUGGGUGUUCAGGGGCCCCGGGCCCCCAAGGACGCUGCCGCUGCCCCGGCCUCAGUCGUGA